GUGACUGGACUUGGGGUGGGCUUCCAGGGUUGCGCCGCGCCGUCGGCUGUGUUCGCCGGGUACCGGAGGGCGGAAGUACACCAGAGCUAGGCUCCGACCUCUGCGCCUGUGCUUUCUGCGGCUGCGCACGCUCUCUGGACUCUUGCUCUGGCUCCUCGGCUGGACAGAGUGUCAGGCAGCAGAGCCCCGACCCAGGCGUCUUCACCCCUACGAGAAGCCGGGGGAGGAGCCAGCGCUUCGGGCAGGUUUGACCUUGGUUGAAGAAAAAAAUUAGCCUAUAUGUACUGCUUUAACCACUGGAAGAAUGACAGAUGACAAAGAUGUGCUUCGAGAUGUGUGGUUUGGACGAAUUCCAACUUGCUUUACUCUAUAUCAGGAUGAGAUAACUGAAAGGGAAGCAGAACCAUACUAUUUGCUAUUGCCAAGAGUAAGUUAUUUGACGUUGGUAACUGACAAAGUGAAAAAGCACUUUCAGAAGGUUAUGAGACAAGAAGACAUUAGUGAGAUAUGGUUUGAAUAUGAAGGCACACCACUGAAAUGGCAUUAUCCAAUUGGUUUGCUAUUUGAUCUUCUUGCAGCAAGUUCAGCUCUUCCGUGGAACAUCAUAGUACAUUUUAAGAGUUUUCCAGAAAAGGACCUUCUGCACUGUCCAUCUAAGGAUGCAAUUGAAGCUCAUUUUAUGUCUUGCAUAAAAGAAGCUGAUGCUUUAAAGCAUAAAAGCCAAGUAAUCAAUGAAAUGCAGAAAAAAGAUCACAAGCAGCUUUGGAUGGGACUACAAAAUGACAGAUUUGACCAAUUUUGGGCCAUCAAUCGGAAACUCAUGGAAUAUCCUGCAGAAGAAAAUGGAUUUCGUUAUAUCCCUUUUAGAAUAUAUCAGAUGACAACUGAACGGCCUUUCAUUCAGAAGCUGUUUCGUCCUGUGGCUGCAGAUGGACAGCUACAAACACUAGGAGAUCUCCUCAGAGAAGUUUGUCCUUCUGCAGUUGCCCCUGAAGUGUGGGAACAUGGUGCUUGCCGGCUCCACAUUACACAGCCGCCCUGGAUUUCAUGUAAUCAGCAUUCCUUCCCUGCGCCACCCCUGUCCAGUGCCAGAGCCCAGCUCUCACUCAGUGCUGCUUCCUGUCCGCCACAAGAAGCAGAAGAUGGAGACCACAGAGUCACCCGGAUCUCUCGGCAGCUGCUGUUGGGCAGUGUGAGCAGGGUGUGACCCGAGGCAGCCCUGGAGCAGCCUCACUCUGUGAAAGCGCGAAAUGGGGAGGGUCCCCUGAGAGGAAAGGCCUGGGCUGCGAGGAAGAGGUGGGGUAGCACGUAUGACUGAGGCCGAGGAGGUUUCUGGUGCUAACGUGCCUGGGCCACAGAACUCAGCUGAAACACCCGAGCCCGGAGAAUAAGUGUCCCAGUCAUAAACAGAAAACACUCUUCCCUUUCUCCCUCAGCCUCACACACACAGGUCUGUUCAAUCUGUUCUUAUGUGAAGGUCUAUAAAGUGGCUGAAAUGGGAGCCAGGGCUGGGGUUUCUUGGACAGGACUCCCUUCCUGAGGCUCAGCUAUCAUCCAGGACAGCUGGAACAACCCAGACCUCCGAGAACGGAGGGAACGUCAGGCUAUUAGCAAGAGAGGCUUCUGGGACUCAGGUUCAGAGCGAGAAACGUUAUUUCAGACAUGCAAACUGGAUUUGGUCAAACCCUCCCUCAGAGGCAGCUGUCCUUUGAAGCUGUGGGUCCGGGUGGAAAUCAAGCUCCCGUCUGAGAAGGGGUAGUUUUCUGCCAGCCAUUCCGGUUCCUGCUGGUUUGCUGCAGUGGCCCUUUGGCAGCAGCCUUGGCGGCGCCUGCUCUGCCAGUGAGCAGCCGUGACGGUGAAAGCCACCUUGGGCUCUGUGGGCCUUGCCUGCCCUUGACUGCUUUCUGGGGCUGCACAUGAGCCAGGCUCAAGAGCCAGAGGGAAAGGCUGCUGAGAAAAGGCCCGAGCCUGGUCUCUGAGCAUCUUCUGGGGCCCCAGGAAGCAAAGCAAAUGUACCUAAUCCCAGAGGCCUCUCCCCAGAACUAGUGGUUAGAGCCCAGCUGUCAUGGUUUGAAUAUACCCGCAAAGGGCAGGUAUUGGAAACUUCAUCCCCCGUGGGAGAGGCCAUUAUGCUGAGGGCAGAUGAAGGAAGUAAUGCAGUUAGCAGGGGAGUGGGUUCUUAUAAAAGGGGGAGUUCAGCCCCCUGCCCUCGCCCUCUCUGCUCUUCUGUCAGAGAACGAUGCAGCUACAACCCCAAUAUGGCCCCUCAGUCUUGGACUUCCCAGUCUUCAGACCCAGGAACAAACACUUUUUGGUUCAUUAUUAGAUACCCAGCCUCUGGUAUUCUGUAUAGUAGCACAGAACAAACUAAGACAUUACCCAUACGAGCAUCCCACCCAUGGUGCAGGUAGGAAAGCAAAUGCACUUAAAUUCAAGAUGGGCAUUCAUAUUCAAAUGUAUUGCAUUUUCCCACAUGCCUGGUGUACAGUUCUGAGAAUGUGUUUAAUAUUUACUGACCAUUUUGACAUGUAAAUAAGGUCUGGUCAAAGUACAGGAAAAGAUAAUGGAAAUUUUGCUGAAUGAGAUCAAGGAAUGCAUUUUCUCCCCAGGUCCUGGGGAUUAAUUCCAGCGCCUUCUCACUGAGCUACAUCUUCAACCCUUUUUAAUUUAUUUUUCUUUUUGAAAUAAGAUUUUGCUAAAUUUCUAAGUUUCUCAGAUUGGGUGGAACUUGCCAUCCUCCUGCCUCAGCCUCCCAAAGUGCUGAGAUUAUAAGCAAGUACCACCAUGCCCAGCAAGGAAUACAAUUUUUAAAAACUAUUUUCAAAGUACUGUUUUUAUAAAAGCUUAGCUUUAAUUGGUAUCAGCCAAAGCAUGCCAAUCUCAUACUACUAUCUUGUCUUAGAACUCAAUGUAUAAUGUUACCUGUACCAUGUAUCUUGGAUACUUUGUCAGCCAGUUUUGAAAGUUCACAGAGCUGGACUUCCUGAGUCCUUUGGUCCUGGAUUUGUGGACACACAGAUGUUCUAUUGAAAUGCAGGAAAGAAAAAAAAA